AUGCCGUUUGGACUAUGCAACGCUCCCUCCGCUUUUCAGGCAAUGAUCAAUGAUGUGCUAAAGGAACUACUGGAUGAAGGAGUAGUUGUCUAUAUUGAUGAUAUCCUCAUCUACUCGGAGACUGAGAAAGAGCAUGAGCUAUUGGUCAAGAAGGUACUACAGAAGCUUAGGGAAGCUAAGCUCUGUGCCUCGAUCAGUAAGACAUCCUUCCAUGUCCGAGAAGUAGAAUAUCUAGGCUAUCAUAUCUCGGAAGAAGGAGUAUCUAUGUCAGAAGACAAGGUGGAGGCAGUUAAGGAAUGGCCGGUCCCUGAGAAUAUCAAGGCAGUACAGGCAUUCCUCGGAUUUGCAAACUUCUAUCGCCGCUUCAUUGAAGGCUUCAGUAAGGUUUGCAAACCAUUAACUGACUGUUACGGGCAUGCCAAGCAUUUACGAGAAAAGGCUAGUAGAUACCCCAUUACCCUCUGCACGCUAACGUCAACUCUGGACCGCACCCGCGGGGUGUGGUGCGACCAAAAUACGACCAAAACACGGAGUCAUAAAAAACACGUUUUCGACCCUAAUAAUAACCCCUGGAGCGUCAAACCGCCGGAGGGGAGUGCUUUGGUACCGGUGGAUAUAUGA